CUAUAGUGGCAAAGGAACCUUCGGUGUAUGGCCCAUCUCGUGACUCAUGCACGAAUAAGUCUUGGACUGUUGGUACAAACAAAUGGACUUCUACGGGUACACCUUUGCUGUGAGUCAUCGCCCUAGACUUACGGUUGGUCGUUUUGUGUCCCCCCCAUUGGCACAAGAAACGUGUAACGAGCUGCGACACCAGUCAUGCAAUACGCUCGAAUAACUAUAAAUCAUUUAGUUUUGCUAAACUGAUUGAGUUGUGGCAAGGAGUGUGUGUGCCGAUGCCGACCAAAUGUUGCCAAUACUUCUUCCAAAUGGUAUAUAUUUCCUUCGUCUUUUAGCAAAGUUCCACGUCAUCUACACAGAUACACUGCCAGCAUUGGGAAGGUGACAGACAUAACAAUUGUGGAAAGCCAAAACCCAAAACAAACAAAACCAACCAACAUCGUUAUCUGGUGAAAUUCCAUGCCUAUCAUUCCAUCAACCGGUGUGGUGUAUUUUUAUCAUGCUGUCCAAUUCCGCUAUGAAGGCACCAUAGCAGCAAGAGCAAGGCCUAAACUCAAGAAGCAAAACAAAAAUGGUUGAUAUGCGCUUUCUGGAACAAUUCUUCCCCAAACUCACCCAGACUCACCAAAGGUUUCCCAGAUUGGAGGGAAAAAUCUCUUCCCGUGCUAGUACCGUUCGCUGUUGCGAGUUCGUGCCAGCAGACAAUCAGCUACCGAGCAAACGAGAAAAGAUACCUUCCCUACCGGUAUUGAGUACGCUCCAAUUUGUCGUGAAGACGGGAAAAGGAUUCCAUUUUGAUACGAAAUUUCCACGACCGGCUUGCGGCAAGCGGAAGUUAAAGCGCAGUUACAGCUAAAACCGGAGUGCAAUCAUUUGUGAUAUUAUUAUUUACUUAUUUAUUACUACCGAAACGUUUCCUGUGCAGUGUUUUGCCGUGCAAGUGUGUGAUAAAACAAACUGUGGUAGAAUAUUGCUUUCCAAUCCGUAAGGAAAGUGCUUUUUUUAUAAAACGAUCCAUCGAUUCAGUGUUGAGUGUAAAAUUUAUUCGCUCCAGUUUUUUUCGAGUAAUAUUUGCUCUGUAGACAAACGGUUUGCCGAAAAAGCCAUUCCGCAAACAUGGAGUUUCGCUUCAACAUGCAUCCCCUGUUCCGGUCGCGGAUUGUUCGGAUAAAUAAUUCGCUGUUACCAACCGGCUUCACCGCACAGUCCCGCCGUGUUGCACUUGAUGCUACGGCACAGAUAUCGGAGAUCAUUAAUGCCGUCGGUUCAAUGUCGGCUCAGGCACAGGGCCUUUCCGUACCGGUCACAACCGCUCAGAAGCUGCGCAACUCGGACCAUCACAUCUACCUGAUGUUUGAGUCAAACGACAAAACUGGUCUCGUCGUAGGCAUACUGAAGGUCGGCCGCAAGUCACUGUACGUGUUCGAUCCGUCCGGUGAGACGGUCAACGUGACGGCACCGUGUGUGCUGGACUUUUACGUGCACGAAUCGCGCCAACGCGGCGGUCUCGGCCGUGAACUGUUCGAGCAUAUGUUACGCGAGGAAAACAUACAGCCGGACGAGCUGGCCAUCGAUCGGCCGUCGGAGAAGUUGCUCGGUUUCCUGCAGAAGCAUUACGGACUGUCGAAGAAGAUUCCACAGAUGAACAACUUUGUCGUGUAUGAAGGUUUCUUUGCGAGCAAGUCCCACAACUCUUCCGAUAUCGAUGGACGUCGCAUGCACAUUACCGCUAGUCCUAACACGAAUCUGUUCGGGCCAACAUUUACAACGACGGAGGAAAGGCGUCGAUCCACCUCGCAGACACGAACCAACGUGGCACCGAUGCCCAUCAUUGCCCAGCCCCCUGUCGGUCGGUAUGCGGCCAAACGGCCAACGUGCAGCAUGGCACAGAUAAUUCACAACAGCCCAACAGCAGUAUCAACGGAACCGAACAGCACCGCUACUAACACGAAUGCAGCCGCUAAUGGGCACGCUAAUGGCAGCAACGGUCACGAGGAUGACGAUCAUCAGCACCGGUACGAGACGGAUUCGAUCGAUGGUGAGAUGGAGGGUGGUGGUGGUGAGAUAGACCAACGUUUGGCCGACGAGAUGCAACGCAUCGAACUGCAUCACCCGGUCGGAACCGGCCACGGUACCGGUGGUGGUGAGGAUGGUGAUGAUCCAACCGCACGCGCUACGCACGCACUGGAAGUAAAGUUUGCCGACGAGCAGCCGGAAAUGCUACCGUACGAGGACAUUCCCGAGCCCGGCCCUGACCCGGAUCCGUACGAUUUCCAUCCGCACCAUCUCGAGCUGCACGAUGACACGGACGGUGGCGGUUCCCACCGUGAACAUUCCUUAUCGCCUCAAUCUGUCAGCCAGCAGGCCACACCAGAACAUCCGUCGGGCGGUGGUGAUUACGGGAUGAUGGCCGGGAUAGGCAGCGGUCGCAAACCAGCCCGCUACACCAAGCAGCACACAGGCCUGAAGAACAUCUCGUUCGGUGUCGGGGCGGCCGUUAUGCCGAGCGGCAAGAUGGAGUUCGAUCAGGAGGAAAAUGAAGGCUUUGGCUCGGUAAAGAUAAACCGACCGAUCGGGAAAUCGGGAACGCGUGGCAGUCUGCAUGAUGAUAAUGAGUCAGUUUACUCGAAUGGUAGCCAGCAGGGUGGUGGCGGUGGUCACUUUGAUUUAAAGUUUUACCACAACAAGCUGUGGUAAGAAGGGAACAGUGACAGGGGAAGCCGAUCUUGCUGUGUGGUGCAGUUACCAAAGAAAAAUUUCGUACGGUCGAACAGGUCGAGCAGAACAGGUUUGAAUUUGCAGUAGAAUUUAGGAGAUCCUAAAAAAAAAAAUGGAAAAGAAGUAGUUAGAAUAGCUACUAACACGAUGGAAAGCUUGUUACAACAAACCAUACCAUACGUUAAUGGUGAAUCUUUUCCCCGCUUCAUAAUAAUGUUUCAUUGUAGGGCUUCCCAUCUUUACAGCGCGUUUUACCAUUGUUGUGUUUGUUGUUUGUUGUGUUUUGUUUUUGGUCGGUUUGCGACUCCUAUUGACAAAGUUUUGAUUUUGCAUACACUUCUCGUUAACCCCAGUAUCGUUAGUUCGCGUGCGUAUUUUGUGUGUGUUUUCGAUUUUGUUUUCUCCAUCUUUAGUGCUACUUCAAAACAAACUAGUUGCCCCUUUUGCUUUCGUUGCAGCAAUGUGCAGCAGGAUUUUCUGAAGGAUUACAUUAUUCAUUGAUUCGACCGUAAACCCAGGGAUGCUAAAAAGAAACCUGAAAGGCCGGAAAUGUGUGGGAAUUAAAAUGAAAACAGAAGAGAAUACAAACAAGGUUCGUACUUGCGAGUAAAACGUUACCUGCCGAGUGACCGAUUUAGAGCGUACUAAUCGGUACUAAAACAUCAUCAUAAUUUGCGGGAUAGUUCAUUCGUACAACAAAUCUUAAACAUACAAACAAAAAUAAAUCAGUCUUAGUGUAAUAUGCGUCUACAAACUUACAUCAAAAAAAUAGGGAUGAGAUGCAUUAGCAUACGUGUGAGUGGUAGAUCUCAUCCCAAUUCUCCCUUCGCGUGGUUCGAAUCAUUCCGAACAAGACAAACCGCGAUAGUUGUUAGACUGCUCAGAUUCGUGUAGAAAAUAUAAACAAGCCAGCAUAGAUGAACCACUGUCGCAUUCCACAGUCCCUGCCGCUUGAUUCCCCCCUUAUACAUUUCUCUCUAUUCUAUAACUAUGAAUGGACGUUUUGAAAAUAUAAACAAAACCAAAAGGAAAGAAAUGGUUAGAACAA